AUGAAGACCACGUACACUCUCCUGGCGGGUCUCGCUGCCCAGCAAGCCGCUGCUACCUGGGACUUCUCCGGAAAGCCGUUCUUGUCGCCACAGUACGCCAACAACGAAUGUAGCGACAAGCAAAAGGGUGGUUUUGAUUGGUCGGACCUCCAAGAGGGUACUUCCAACUUCCAAUAUGGCGACUUUGACUUCUCCAAGGACUGGAAAUGCUCCAGCGCUUUGGGUAAGCGCGAUGGCCUCACCAAGCGUACUUUUGGUAAUAAGGCCAUUGUCAACAGGUGCAGCAAGAAGAAGCCUGCCCAAUUCAGCUGUGACAAGAAGAAGGACGGCUUCAGUAUCAAGACCAUUGACAUAUCUGUUGAAUUCGAUGUCAUGAUUGACCUCCACUACACCCUCGUAGACGGCUCUCUGUGUAAGCAAAAGUCUGUUCCUUGCAAGAAGGAGGGUUCUACCGUCGAGAACACCCAGUGCGGUGGUGCCAAGUCGGUCGAAGUCUACCUUGGUGGCUCGUACAAGGGCGAGAAGUCUGACUGCGGCCUGAACUUCCACAACAUCGGUUUCGAGUGCAACCCACCCAAGCCAUACAACCCUCCUUCCCCUCCUUCCCCACCACCAGCCACAUCUACCAAGGUUACCCCGCCACCUGUUCAGUCUUCUUCCGCUACUCAGUCGACUCCUGCUGUGUCUGCUCCUGCAACCACUGAGGGUUGCAACGGAGGCUACGGUCAAGGCUGCCCUCCUGUUCAGACCGCUCCCACCAUCUCCUCUCUGCCUCCGUUUGUGAACACCUCUAUGCCUGCUGUACCACCGCCAACUCAAGAGAGCACCAUCGUCGCCCCUCCAGGCAAGGAGAGCAGCACUGUCACUCCCGUGCCAGAGUCUUCUUCUGUUGUUUCUCCUCCACCAGCUCAGGAGAGCUCGCCUUCAUGCGAUGGAAGCUAUGGAAGCGACUGCGGCGCCUCUUCCGCUCCUCCUGCGCCCCCGGCCUCAAGCACUCCUAUUCCGGUUGUUGAGUCAUCUAGUACUGUUUUAGCUUCAAGCACUGGUACUCCCGUCGUCGAGUCGUCCAGUGCUCCACCAGCACAGUCAUCCAGCCCAAGCUAUCCACCUUCUUCCAACCCUCCCCCUGAGGUUGACCAGAUCCUGCCCACUUGCAUGAACACCUGGUUGCAGAUCAGCACCGAGUGCAAGGACAACACCAACAAGGACUGCUACUGCAAGAACGCAAAGUUCACCAAGAACGUUAUUGACUGCGUCGUUGCUCGUUGUGACACACCCGAGCAGACCAAGAAGACUCUGCAGUACCUCGUCGGUAUCUGUGCCGAGCAUGUGCCUGAGAACCCGUCCAUUGUCACCGACUGCCCCAAGGACACCUUCGACAACACUCCCCCUACACCCGAAGCUCCCGGCGUUCCCAGCACUCCUGAUGCCUCGACCACUGGAUCUGCCGCUGCUGGUAUCCCCACUGGCCCCGCUGCUGCACCUCCCGCAAACACGCCCGCGCCUCCUGCACCCGCACCGCCAGCAGGCUACCCUGUCACCACCAUCACGUAUGGCUCCACUUCUCUUACCGUCCCAGCUGUCCACUUCACCACUGAGACUCCCGCCCCUGGGGCUACACCUGCCGCACCCGUCGGUCUCGUUCCUGGUGUUGCACCUCCGUCCGCCCCAGCUGCCACCACACCUGCUGCUGGAGGUGCACCAUACCCUACUGGCUCGACCUUGAGGCCGUCUGUGCUGCCAACUGGCACUGGAGGUCUUCGUCCCUCCGCGCCAGCCCAGUUCACCGGUGCUGCAUCGCCGCUUGGUGUUGAGGCCAACAUUGCCAUGAUUGGCGCUGCGCUUGCUUUCUUUGCUUUGUAGAUGAUAGUCUCGUAGAUAAGUUUCCUUUUUGUAUUCUGAUAGCAUAUUUGCGGGGAAAACUGGUGUCAUGUGCGAAUCUGAUUGCGCCGCUCGAUGAGUGGCAGCGCGUUAAUUGAAUAAUGCACUUCAA